AUGGCUCCGCCGCUGCCGCUGCCGCUGCUGGCGCUGCUGCUGCUGCCGGUACCGACGGGCGCGGGGCGGCGGGCGGCGACCCCCGACGGGGCGCCCGCCAACUUGACGGUGGCGGUGGUGCUGCCGGAGCGCAACGUGAGCUACGCGUGGGCUUGGCCGCGCGUGGGUCCGGCGCUCAGCCUGGCGCUGGAAGCGCUGGAGCGGGGCGAGCCGCCGCUGCUGCCGCGGCCCUUCUCGGUGCGCGUCGAGUUCAUGAGCUCGGAGCUGGAGGGCGCCUGCUCCGAGUACGUGGCACCGCUCAACGCCGUGGACCUGAAGCUCUACCACGACCCCGACGUGCUGUUCGGGCCGGGCUGCGUGUACCCCGCCGCGUCCGUGGGGCGCUUCGCCUCUCACUGGCGGCUGCCCCUCAUCACCGGCGGGGCGGUGGCCGCGGGUUUCAGCCGCAAAAGGGAGCACUACAGCACGACGGUGCGCACCGGGCCCUCGGCGCCCAAACUGGGCGCCUUCGUCUCCCACCUCCACGCGCACUUCAACUGGAGCGCCCGCGCCGUGCUCCUCUACGUGGACCGCAAGACCGACGACCGACCCUACUACUUCACCGUCGAGGGUGUCUACCAGGAGCUGCAGGAUGGCAACAACCUCACCGUCACCGUCCACAUCUACUCCCCCGAGGAGGGCGGCCCCGACACCGCCGUCCACUUCAUCAAAGCCAACGGGCGCGUGGUGUAUCUCUGUGGGCCGCCAGAGAUGCUGCGGCAGAUCAUGCAGCUGGCGCAACAGGAGAACCUCACCAAUGGCGACUACGUCUUCUUCUACCUGGAUGUCUUCGGGGAGAGCCUGCGGGGUGACUCUGCCCGUGACCCCUUCAAGCCCUGGCAGGAGAGCCCGGGCCAGGACUCCGGACUGCGUGAGGCUUUCCAGAUGGUGCUGGUGAUCACCUACUAUGAGCCCCAAAACCCUGAGUACCAGCAUUUCCAAACCCAGCUCAUCCUGCGAGCUAAGCAGAAAUUUGGGGUGCAGCUCAACUACUCCCUGAUGAACCUGGUGGCGGGCUGUUUCUAUGAUGGGAUGCUGCUGUACGCCAUGGUGCUGAAUGAGACUCUGCGUGAGGGUGGCUCCAAGAAAAACGCCACCCACAUCAUCGAGAAGAUGCGGGAUCGCAAGUUCCAGGGCGUCACAGGGCUUGUGAGCAUGGAUAGCAACAAUGACCGGGACACUGACUUCAACCUAUGGGCCAUGAGCGACCCCAAGACCGGGCAGUAUGAGGUGGUGGGACACUACUCAGGUGUGGAGAAGCAAAUCCACUGGCUGGGACGACCCAUCCCCUGGGUGAAGGGGGCUCCUCCCUUGGACAACCCUCCCUGUGUCUUUGAUGAAGAUGACCCUUCCUGUGAGAAAACCCCCCUCUCUAUGCUGGCCAUCGUGGCUUUGGGCACUGGCCUCACCUUUGUCAUGUUUGGCAUCUCCAGCUUCCUCAUCUUCAGGAAGCUGAUGCUGGAGAAGGAGCUUGCCAGCAUGCUCUGGAGGAUCCGCUGGGAUGAGCUGCAGUUUGGAAGUCCCGAGCGGUACCACAAGGCAGCGGGCAGCCGGCUCACCUUGUCCCUGCGUGGCUCCAGCUAUGGCUCUCUGAUGACCACCCAUGGCAAGUACCAGAUCUUCGCCAACACCGGCCACUUCAAGGGCAAUGUUGUGGCCAUUAAGCACAUCAACAAGAAGCGCAUCGAGUUGACGCGGCAGGUGCUCUUUGAGCUAAAGCAUAUGCGAGACAUCCAGUUCAACCACCUGACCCGCUUCAUCGGGGCGUGCAUCGACCCCCCCAACAUCUGCAUCAUCACCGAGUACUGCCCACGGGGCAGCUUGCAGGAUGUCCUGGAGAACGAGAGCAUCAACCUGGACUGGAUGUUUCGCUACUCCCUCAUCAAUGACAUUGUCAAGGGAAUGGCCUUCCUGCACAACAGCAUCAUUGGCCAUCACGGCAGCCUCAAGUCAUCCAACUGCGUGGUGGACAGCCGCUUUGUGCUGAAGAUCACCGACUAUGGCCUGGCCAGCUUCCGCUCGCCCAGCGACAAUGAGGACACACAUGCACUCUAUGCCAAGAAGCUAUGGACAGCACCAGAGCUGCUGCAGAAGGGACACCUGCCCACCCCGGGCAUGCAGAAAGCUGAUGUCUACAGCUUCGGCAUCAUCGUGCAGGAGGUUGCUUUGCGCAACGGCCCCUUCUACAUCGAGGGCAUGGACCUGAGCCCUAAAGAGAUCGUGCAGAAGGUGCGUAACAGCCAGAAGCCCUUCUUCCGCCCCUCCAUCGACAUCGGGGUGCACAGUGAGGAGCUGGCAGUGCUGAUGGAACGCUGCUGGGCGCAGGAGCCGGCUGAGCGCCCUGACUUCAGUCAGAUCAAGAUCUUCAUCCGUAGAUUCAACAAGGAGGGAAGCACCAGCAUCCUGGACAACCUGCUGUCGCGCAUGGAACAGUAUGCCAACAACCUGGAGAAGCUGGUGGAAGAGAGGACACAGGCUUACCUGGAGGAGAAGCGCAAGGCAGAGAACCUCCUCUACCAGAUUCUGCCCCAUUCUGUGGCAGAGCAGCUGAAGCGUGGAGAGACAGUGCGGGCUGAGGCUUUCGACAGUGUCACCAUCUACUUCAGUGACAUCGUGGGCUUUACUGCCCUCUCGGCAGAGAGCACUCCCAUGCAGGUCGUGAUGCUACUGAAUGAUCUCUACACUUGCUUUGAUGCCAUUAUCGACAAUUUUGACGUCUACAAGGUGGAGACCAUUGGAGAUGCCUACAUGGUGGUCUCGGGGCUGCCGGUGCGCAAUGGGAAGCUGCAUGCCCGUGAGAUUGUCCGGAUGGCCCUGGCCCUGCUCGAGGCUGUCAAAACCUUCAAGAUCCGUCACCGUCCUAACGACCAGCUCCACCUGCGCAUCGGCAUACACACCGGUCCCGUGUGUGCCGGAGUGGUGGGUCUGAAGAUGCCACGGUACUGCCUCUUUGGGGACACGGUGAACACCGCAUCCCGCAUGGAAUCCAACGGCCAGGCCCUGAAGAUCCAUGUCUCAUCUGCCACCAAAGAAGUCCUGGAUGAGUUUGGCUGCUUUGAGCUGGAGCUACGUGGCGAUGUAGAAAUGAAGGGCAAGGGAAAGAUGCGGACAUACUGGCUGCUGGGCGAGAGGAAAGACCCUUAAGUCAUUUGAGCCCAGCAGCUGUGGCAGAGCCCCCAGCUCAAUGGGGCCACCAGUGCUUUCCGGUGCCCCAGGAUGCACCGGCACCCCCCCAUCACUGCAUCCACCUGACUCUGCAGCCCCCCUGCUUCAGCAGGGCCUGGGCAAAGUGGGGCAGCGGCCACAGCACCGUCUGCUCCCCUCCAUCAGCACCAGCAAAGCCCACUUUCCCCACAGCCUCUGCUGGAGUGGGGUAACCAGCCCUUAUUCAGCCCAAGAGACCUUGUAUUCCCCCCACCCUCUGAGGUCUGCCACCCCUGCCCUCUCCCCUGUGGCUCAGCUGGCUCUGAGCUUCUCCGGGGCCUGGCUGCCCCGCAGGGCACUUUGCCGUCUCUUUUCAGUACCUGGCCCCCAGCAGAAGUUUUGCCGGUGUCAACCCCUCCCUGGGGUGGGGGGAAAUGGGGAUUCCUGCCAAGACUGACUCCUUGGCCAGGCCAGGCUUCAAUGCCGCAGAUCCCCCCCUCCCCAGUCUCCCCUUCCCCUGUAUAUAACCCCACCGGGUCAUGUAAAUACCCAUCCCUCCUCCAGGUGUAAAUAUAGGACUCGCUGCAACUAUUUUGUUGAAAUACAAACUUCCCCAGAUCCA